UAUUAUUAUUUCAACUGUGGGGAUACACCUAAACCUCUCACAAGUCAGAAAUACUGAUUCAUUUUCGUGCCUUGUUCCUGUGAAAGCCCCUUCCAAAGUACAAAGAGAGCAAUAAUGCACGCAAGUGCUGCUGGUAAGAGGCACUACAAGUUAUGUGCCUUGGCUGCAAUUGUCCUUAUAGCUCUUUGGUUUAUGUUCACAGGCUCUAUCACCCUCAAAUUGUCCAUAAACAACCUCAAUCCAUUCUCUGAUGACUUGGAUUCUAUGAUUCUUGAUGAUCUAGAUGUGUUGGAAGUGGAGGAGAGGGAGAAGGUGGUGAGGCACAUGUGGGAUGUGUACACUCGCAGUCAUAGCAACUCCAUUGGAUUACCUCAGUUUUGGUUGGAAGCUUUUGAAGCUGCUUAUGAGCACUUGGUCAGUGAUGUUCCAGCAGUUCGAGACGCCGCUGUUUCAGAAAUCGCCAAAGAUGUCACUGGCACCGCGCUCACACAUUUUACACCAACUUCCUCUUCAACUUCAAUCACCACCGAGCAGCAGGAGAUCAAGAAAACUUAAGCCAAGCUAAGAGUCAGAGGGAAUUGGAUCAUUAUGAAGACCGUGCAUUUCAAAAUAAUCCCUUCCCUUCCUUAUAACGCUACCUCCCAAAUAUAUGUUUCUAUACGAUUAUAUAGGUUUCUAAAUUUGAAUCAAAGUAGCUACUUGAGUAAAUCUUAUCAAUGUAGAAGAACUGCUACUCAUUAUGGUAAAAACAAAAUUUGCUGAUCAUUGCA